GUCGACGGUCGUCGUCGGACUAUAAAAGUGGGUUUUAAGUUUGAUAUUAUUACGCAAAUUCUUAUUGGGAGCCGGUCCGGCCCACACGGCGACCGAAAAUUGCGGGGGCGGGCGCGCGGGGCCGCGCGGGCAGCCUACCACGCGCGCUUCGACGGCACACACGCGCCAACAAACCCAAUAAAACACACACCUUUUAUCAUUAAAAAUAAACAAGAAACAAAAGCCAACGGCCGCUUCCGUUGUUCCUGAUUCAAAAAGUGACACUUCCGUUCCGUUUUCGAACUGCGCGCGCGGCUAGUGUUGUGCUGAUGACAGAUUUGGGUGGUCGAUUGAGUUUUAUGAAUGGAGUGGCUAGGGAAGUGACGUCAUGAGUAGUGUUGUGACCGUGUCAGUGUAAUGGGCGGUGCGUCGUUGACACAGCGAGCUCAUUAGGCAGCCAGCAUGAGGCUGGCGUGCUUAGUGGCGCUGGCGUCGCUGGUGGCGGCGGAGUGGCGCUGCCCGGCGCUGAGCGCGCGCCCCGCGGCCGAGUGCUCCUGUGACUUACCUCAUACGUUGCGGUGUGCUGGCGACCAUACUGCUUUGCAGAUAAUCGGGCGUCACCUCCGCGAGCAAAGAGCGAGAAAGAAGAACUCAGCCGUCUCGCUCCUGGACCUGUCCCUGCGGGGGGUGUCGGCGCUGACGGCGGGCGCGGGGGGGGAGCUGGGCGGCGCCGCGCUGCACGGGCUGGUCAUCUCCUCGGGGGACAUACGCAGGGUGCAGGCCAACGCGUUCAACAGCCUCGCCGCGACUGUCAUGGCUUUGGGUUUACCGAACAAUCAACUGCCCUCAGUACCGACGGAGGCUCUGGCGCGACUGUACAAGUUGGAUCGACUCGACUUGUCCAAUAAUAAGAUCCAUACUUUAGACUCCAAUUCAUUCAAGGGCAUCCAAAACUUGACGUUCUUAGAUAUAAGCGACAAUCAGAUAACGGAUAUCUCGGCAGAUGCGUUCAAGCCGUUACUGAAACUUACAGUACUUCGACUUAGAGGCAACCUACUUAAAGUGCCUGCCUUGGCUUCCCUAAAAGCAGCCCAGUACCUCAAAGACCUGGAUCUAUCCAGCAACGCCCUUGCCGGCCCGCUCAGCCAGUUCACACUGCCGUCACUGCCCCACCUGGAGGUAUUGCAGUUGGCUGACAACACCUUCGCGAGCAUCAGACGAGGGGCACUCGCAGGUCUGCCGAACCUCACGCAUCUGAACCUCCACAACAACCAGAUCGACGUGCUUGAAGACUUCUCGUUCCGCCAUCUUGUCAACCUGACGAGCCUCGACCUGUCUCACAACGAGAUCGUCGCCGUGUCCGGUGCAUCAUUAGCUCAGCUCACCAACCUGGUUCGACUAGAUUUGUCGCACAACUUCUUGAGGUCAUUAUCAGCGGAGCCCCUGAAAUCGCUAGACAGGUUGACGGAUUUGCUUCUACACGAUAACGAUAUAUCCAUGAUCGACGAUGGAGCUCUCAGCGAUCACAAAGAUUUGACGCGAUUCACCAUAGAAGAUAAUCCAUUAAACUGCGACUGUUUAAUGGCCGGGUUCGCCCGCUGGUUGCGCGAGGCAAAAAACCUGACUCAAUCUGAUAAAGCGGCCGCGAUCUGCGCCACCCCCCCUCACCUAGAGGGGGCGCUGCUCUCUCGACUAUCAAAAAACAAGCUAUGCGAUGACUUCGAACACGUGGACACUAGAAUCGAACACCCUCUAGAUAAAGAACCCGAAUCUAUCAAUUAUGACUACAAUAACAUAGUGAACGAUAAAAACGAUGAUGUCAAAGGUGAUGCUGAUGAUAAUCCAAUGGUGGUCCCUAAUGCGGGUGAUGGUAACUAUGUGGAUGAUAAAAUAGAUGGGCUGGACGAUGAUAUUUACGAUGAGGAACUGGACAUUCCUACAGAUGAAGAUUUACCCAUUUCUAAAACAAAGAUAGUUCUGCAAGACGCCUGGUACGACUCUGAAGAGGUCCAUUUGUCAUGGGCAGUAGACGCCCUGCCAAGUCGACGGUUUCGCUGCACAGGAGUCACUGUGACAAAGUCCGGGGUGAUCCCCAAACACGUGGCUUGUCACAGAGCCACUCCAGCCAAUGUGGUGCUGUGGGGACUGAAGAUUGACCCUGUCGAGUUAUAUACAUUCUGUAUAGCUUUUGAGGAGAUGGACACCCGUGACGUGCCGAUGGCUUUGGUUCUUGGCUGCAGUUCCCCACAAACUGUCAGACAAAGAGUCACCUUCGCACCUGAAGUGGUCGCUAUGCCGACUACACCGACGCUGCCUAUUGUUGUUGGAGAUACGGCUUUGAGAGUCUCCGAAGUAAGAUCCAACGUCACAACUGAAGGUCUACUCACCGUGCUGAUUUCAGUCUUGGGCGUCCCGUCGCCUCAUCCAAAGUUCUUAUCACGAUCCCAACGACUCUCAGCUGAUACCAGAUACAUGUCAUCACUAAACAAUUGUUAUGUUGUAUUAGCAGUUUUAUCAGCUGGAUCUUUGGUUGCACAGAAAGACACCCCAUGCCAGGCCACCCUAGAAAUAUCUAUGGAAGGUUUUGUCAGGGGACCUUACGAAGUUUGUGCGACAUUAUCUAAAUACAAAGUUGAAGAUAUGAGACCGAUUUGUGUGGUUCCACAGCUUAUGGGUCCAUUGGGAUCUUUGGAAAUGAAAGCAGGGUUGAGAAAUCUCAAUACGGCCUUGGUAGGCGUGUCUCUUGGUUUGAUGGUUUUGGUGGUAGGUCUGGUGUGGUUUGUGAGGAAAAUGUUGAAGAAACCAGCACAGUUUGAGCCUCAUAGGUGCUUUAGACAGGAACCAGUGCCAGAGGAGACUCCUAGGGCUAGCUAUGUCAUGUUGACUGCUACUUCUAAAGUUUAACUGCCUGUGGCCUGUAUUACUGCCAGUUUCCAUAACUAUAUCUGCCAAACUUGUCAUUUUGUAACGUUUUAUGUGUUAGCAUUGUAGUGAAAGUAACUGAAACUGGCAGUUAAACACAAUAAUCAUCAUAGGAGUGCUUAUUUUUAUGGAAUGUGAAUCUUCUUUUGUCGCUCUACAAUGAUUAUGCAGGAUUUGCAGAAUUGAAAACUAUGGCAAAACGAAACGUACUGUAGGUACUUGAUGUAUAAAUGUAUAAGGCACUUGUUUUUAAAUUUGAAUAUUGUUACAUUUGACGUUUUUAAAUUUUAAAUCUUUUUUACUGUUUAACAGUAUUGUUAACGAUAGUUCUCGGUGCAUUAACUAUUAAAAAUACGAAGUCUAAUAAUUAAAGGUACUAACUAAUAUGUGCCUAAUGGUUUGCUUCAGAUAGAUUUGUUAUUAUGUGUAUUGAAAACAUUAGAUACUUUAUUUGUAAUUAAUAUACAAAAGGACUGAUUUUGUAUGAUGAAAGUUGAAAUUUAAUAAAACCUUAUGGCUUGUACUCACAUUGUGGCUGGUACUAAAAAACGCUUAAUCAUUAUCUUCUAUGAAGGUGUAUAAUUUUAAUAAAUGUGUUUAAUUAACUUAUUAAUAAUUAACUUGAGGCUGAUGUCUGCGUUUUGUUUUAGUGACAAAGUCAUAGAUUUAAGUAUUGUCCUUGUUACUUGUGUUAAGAUAAUAUAUAUUUUAUUGCAUUUUAAAUAUUAUGGUAUAAACUUCCUCACUCACAACAAAUUCUAUACUUAAUUUAAAAAGUUUAAAUUGCAAUUUAAUGAUAAUUUUAUUUAGUUGUUUGCGGAAAAUUUAAGAUUAAUAUAAUAUGUACUUAUUACAAAAACUUGUAAAAAUGCUUUUUCAUUGGAACUUUGGUCCCGCUUUAAUUAGUAUUUAAGAGUUUGUAAAUAAUAUUUAUAGAAUCAAGUCGAAAUUUUUUACUGAAAUACAUGAAUUAACAUUUUG